CGUUUCUCUGCAGCCCGUUUCUGUCGUCCAUUGAGAGUAAAAGCUGGGCCAUCCCUCCAACGCGCGCCUGUGCUGUGGAGCUCCCCCUUGCUGUGCGCAUCGUGAUCUCGUGGAUGCAGUCUUGCAGAGAACGCAGGGUCACCUUCUGUCACUGCAAGGGGAAAUACUGAAUAACUUGAAGCAGAAAUUACUGGGUAGUAGUGCAACAGAUCAGCAGCAGCAGCAUCUCCGGUGAUCUCCUGCAGGGGACCAACAGCUCUUUCUAAGGUUUAUGGAAACCUGACCUCCCAUUGGUGGAGAAGUGCAUGAGGAACCCAGAUCUUCUGCAGAGAACAGGUUUAGUCAUUAGAGUGCUUUGCCACAUCCAGGAAAAUGUCUGGCUCCUACGAUGAAUGUGCAGGUGCUGACGACACCAUGGACAGCUUCUGGGAGGUGGGGAACUACAAACGUGCUGUCAAGAGAUUUGACGAUGGCCAUCGGCUCUGCAAUGAUCUUAUGAGCUGCCUGCAGGAACGUGCCAAGAUAGAAAAAGGCUACGGAGAUCAGCUAACUGCGUGGUCCAAGAGAUGGAGACAGCUAAUCGAGAAAGGUCCACAGUACGGCUCUGUGGAGAGAGCCUGGCUGGCUGUGAUGACCGAAGCAGAAAAAGUUAGUGAGCUGCACCAAGAUGUGAAGAACAAUCUGCUUAAUGAAGAUGUUGAGAAAGUCAAGAACUGGCAGAAGGAGGCAUAUCAUAAGCAAAUGAUUGGAGGCUUCAAAGAGGCCAAAGAAGCAGAAGAAGGCUUCAAGAAGGCUCAGAAACCAUGGGCCAAAAAGCUCAAGGAGAUGGAGGCAGCUAAGAAAACAUACCAUAUGGCCUGCAAGGAGGAGAAGCUGGCUGCAGCCCGAGAGGCCAAUGGCAAGUCUGAGGCUUCUGUCACACCAGACCAGCAGAAAAAACUCCACGAGAAAGUGGAUAAAUGCAAACAAGACAUGCUGAAGGCUAAAGAGAAGUAUGAGAAGUCCUUGGACGAGCUGAACAAGUGCACCCCGCAGUACAUGGAGAGCAUGGAUCAGGUGUUUGACCAGUGCCAGCAGCAUGAAGUCAAGAGGCUGACCUUCCUCAAGGAAGCCUUGCUGGACAUCAAACGUCAUCUUAACCUCACUGAGAACCAAAGCUAUGCCACAAUAUACAGAGAACUGGAGCGCACAAUCCUGGCUGCAAACACACAAGAGGACCUGAAGUGGUUCAGCAAUAACCACGGCCCAGGGAUGCACAUGAACUGGCCUGCAUUUGAGGAGUACAACCCAGAACAGGCCGCUGCUCCUCCAAAGAAGAAGAAACCAGACGGAGCCCCACCCACUCCAAGCACUGACCAUGUGGCUCCACCUGGUGACCGUGCCAGCGUGAGCAGCUAUGACAAGAACCAAGCGUAUUCGACUGAGUGGUCCGAUGAUGAACAGCCUACUGCAUUCUCCGGCAACGAGAACGGUGGGAACGGAAAUUCAUUUGAAGAAGACUCCAGCACUGGGAAAGGGGUCCGUGUGCGUGCCCUCUAUGACUAUGAGGGCCAGGAACAGGAUGAACUCUCAUUCAAAGCAGGUGAUGAACUAACCAAGACUGAGGAUGAAGAUGAGCAAGGCUGGUGUAGAGGUCGUAUGGACAAUGGCCGUGAGGGACUGUACCCAGCCAAUUAUGUUGAGCCAAUCUAGUCACAGAACUGGACAAGGACAUGCCACUGGAGGCAGCUUGAACUGUCCCAUCCAACUGCACCGCACAUAGCCAGAGACUUAAGAGCAACACAUCCCUUGCCCAACAGAUGCGCAAAGCAGUCUUGCCUAAAUAAAAACUUAGUAACCUAAAAGACAAUAUAUCAGUAUAAAAUAUUUUAUCCAGCAUUUGGGGUGGGUGGACUCACACGAAAACUCAAAAACAGGAGCAGCAGUUAUACCAGUAUAUACACACUCUACUAUAACAUCACAAACAGUGCAGGAACACAUUGCUUCUUUGUGCAGCUGUAUUUAACAUAUAAUGCAGCUCAUUAAAACUUGCACUGCACUGCAGUGUGUUCCCAUAUGAAAAAGGGAGGAUAAUAUAAUCAGUUCUACCCAUUUGAUGAAGAUAAGCUUCUCUAACCUGCAUUGUGUAUGUACAGUGUGAUGCCAUUUUGUGUAGCAUUUUUUGAUGCUGUGUAUGUCAUUUUUCCAUCAGGAAUGCUGUGUAGUGUUAGAAGUACCACAGACAGUAUCCUCUUUAUUUCCCCCACUUUUCUUUGUGAUUUGGUCCAGCCUCUUUUCCAGUGUGUGCAGUGCUAUGUGUUUUGAACAGUCUCUGAACUUGCAUAGCAGCAUGUGCUAUGCAAAGACUUGCAUUCCCCGAAUCCUGCAGCCUCGUUCAGGCUACAACUUGAUGCAACAUUCAACUACAAAUGCAGCAUUACAUGCCUCUGGACAUGCACUUGCUUCUGGUUUCACAAGCGAAAGCUUCUUGAUGAACUGACUUUAUGUUACUUUUGUUUUCGAUGUUUCUUUCUUUUUUUUUCUCCCAGCAUCGUAAAUCCUUUGAAAACAUCAUCCUCAUGCAAAACCAUGGAAAGGAUUUACGGUUUCUACAGAAGCUUUCAUUCAUGGUUUAAUAAAUCAGGUUUUUAUUUUAUUCCACCUCUGCUAAUAAGACAUGAGCGAUACAUACUCUGAGAGUGAAGUCAGAUCAAGUCUUCUUGAGGAUACCACUGCAUUAAUAAGAGGGAGAUUUUGAACAAUACCUGUGCCUGGGACUCUUUUUCCAGAGCAAAGGGCCGAUGGAGAGAUGUUGAUGUUUACUGUUCAAUAGGCUGUUGCUUGAAGAUUUAUGCCUCUCCAACAGGACAUGAAUGUACUAGUGAUUGGGCUUGGAAAAAGGGCAUGUUAACUAAAUAUCUUUCUCCACUGUCAUUAAAAGCCCUGCCUAUAGCAAAAAGCACUAGUUACAUGGCCCGUAUCCCUGCUGAGCCAAAGAAUGACCUAGUAUCAUCAACUGUUUUUUCUUCAUGCACAAAUUCCACAUAUCAUAUGUGAAACAGCUUCAGAAAACUCGUAGUUGCUUCCUAGUCUACCCAAACUUCAUUUGUCUGCAAAACACUUGUUACUGACACAGGGAAUACAUGGUGCACCCUUACACAGUGCAUUACAUGGUUGUUUUGGAAUCUUUAAUUUGCUCUAGAAAUGACACUUUUGGCAGUUUAUUAAUUAGCAAGUUGUCAUGUUACAUGUUGCACCUAAAUCUCUGAUUAGAUGGGAAAAAAAAGCUUUUUAUAACUUAGUUGUCCUGAACUUUAUAAAAGUCAGAGGAUCAACAGGGGUCAGAUGUGUUUAGGUCUGUGUCUGCAACAGGAUUCGACAGGUUUGGGUCUCACACGUGAGGAGAAACACAUCACCAGCUCACAAGUUGUGUCUUAGAGUAAAGCUGUCCAGCAUAGCAAAAAGGACUCCUGUUGUCAAACUGUCCGACAUCUUUGAUGCACGUUCACACACACACAUAUCCACACCCAUGCAAACACACAGGCGUUAGACACACAGUAUACACAAUACACGCAAGCUCAAACAACAUAGUUGACAUUACCAGGUUAAUAUUUUGGGGUAAAACAUCAUCAUCAAGUGUGUAUGAGUUGUGUAAAUGUAACAGAAAAAUU